AAGAUGCUCCUCACCCUUACUGAAAAAUCACAAACAUCAAAACGUUAUAAGAGUUCUCUAGCAUCCAUCACAUAGCCAUGAAGAUCUUUGUCAUCCUCUCUCUCCUCGCCCUCGCAGCGAGCAGCGCCUCGGCACAGUUUGAUGCUUGCACCUAUGGGCAAUGCCAGCAGCAGCCGUUUAUGCAACCGAUCAUGAACCCGUGCAAUGAGUUCGUGAGGCAACAGUGCAGCCCGAUGAGCCUACCUUGGGAGCAGUCACGCAGGCUACAACUGAGCAGCUGCCAGGUGAUGCGGCAGCAAUGCUGUCAGCAGAUGAGGUUGAUGGCGCAACAAUAUCAUUGCCAGGCUAUUUGCACCAUGGUGCAGUCUAUCAUGCAGCAAGUGCAGUUUGAUGCUGGCUUUGUUGGCGAGCCCCAAGCUCAGGCCCAGGCCCAGGUGGCUCUCAAUUUGCCCUCCAUGUGUGGAGUCUACCCUAGGUACUGCAGCACUCCAUGCAAAGUUGCUACUGGUCAUUGCGGUUCUUGGUAGUGUGUACCAUCAUAUAUAUAUAGUUGGAUAAAUAAAGUGUCACACAUCAUCGUGUGUGUCAUGUAAUAAAAUUUGGAAUAGUCUUUGGCUGUUCGUAUGAAUAAAUGAAAAUUAUAACAUGUCCAAUUGUUGAAG